CAUGCGCGGCGCGCGCUCGGCUCCGGAGACGGGUCCCGGGCGGCUGAAGCUGCGGUUUACUUUUUUUCCCCGGCACUGCGGACGCCCAAGGAGAGUGAGUGACGGAGGUCGGUGCUAGUUGGCUUUGGCCGCCCAUCGCAACAUCAGCAGCAGCGCCCUCCUCAUCCGAGCAAGAUCACCGAGACCUGUAUUCUGUGUGGUUGGGAACGAAUCAUUUAGCCGGACUGAGCUAAUUCAUUUUUCAAGCUGGAAAGUGGAACUGUUUGUAUCUAUUGAGUUGUUCAUGAACUAGGUAGUAUUGUCAUAGGACAUUGAACAUGGCAGAAGAAGAAGAGGAUUACAUGUCAGAUGCCUUCAUUAAUGUUCAAGAAGACGUCAGACCAGGCGUGCCAAUGCUGAGGCAGAUCCGCGAGGCCCGCCGGAAAGAAGAGAAGCAGCAGGAAGCUAAUCUGAAAAACAGACAGAAGAGUGUGAAAGAAGAAGAACGGGAAAGACGUGACCUCGGGUUGAAGAAUGCGCUGGGCUCUGAAAACAAAGGAUUUGCUUUGCUCCAGAAGAUGGGAUACAAGAGCGGGCAGGCCCUGGGCAAGAGUGGAGAUGGUAUUGUUGAACCAAUUCCUCUCAAUGUCAAAACAGGAAAAAGUGGCUUAGGUCACGAGACAUUACUAAAACGGAAAGCAGAGGAAAGGCUGGAAAACUACCGGAGAAAAAUUCACAUGAUAAACCAAAAUGAAGAAAAGGCCGCCGAGCAGUUCCGGAUGCGAAUGAAAAGUAAGCAAGACGAGAUGAGGCUUGAAGGAGACCUGCGAAGAAGCCAGCGAGCCUGCCAGCAGCUGGAUACCCAGAAGAACAUUCAGGUUCCCAGGGAGGCAUGGUACUGGAUAAGGCCUGAGGAGGAGGAGACUGAAGAAGAGGAAGAGGAAGACCAGGAUGAAGAUGAAUACACCAGCGAAGAUUUGAGUGUGCUGGAGAAGCUGCAGAUACUCACCGGAUACUUACGAGAAGAACAUCUAUAUUGCAUUUGGUGUGGGACAGCCUACGAAGAUAAAGAAGACCUAUCUUCAAAUUGCCCAGGACCAACCUCUGCAGAUCAUGACUGAGAUUAUUCCCAAUAAAGUAAAAACUAUUUAUGCAGGUGCCAGGAGAUUGAACUCAGAUCAUCAGGCUUGGUGCUUUUACCUGCUAAGUCAUCUCACUGUUUGUAAAACUUACUGUUUGUUUAAGUUGAGGGGAAUUUCAGGUACAAACAGCUUGAAAGACUAUGAGUGUCAGAGCAUGUUGUGAGCGGAUCUGUGUAGCUGGGCCUUAAUCUGGAAAUAGCACGCACAGGAUUCAUGAUGGCAGCCUCUGGGGAGCGUAGCUGCUGAAUCUCAUUUUAAGUUUCUGGCCUCAAAAACUGCCGUAAGUGUAUACCAUGUAAAUGACCGACCCUGUGGUAAAGUACUGCAAGUACAGGAAAUUACAAUACACCACAACUAAAUUAACAUCCGUGGGGCUCUACAUAUUCCAGAAGCAUUUUGUUUGUCUCCCAGGACUAUUACGGCUCUCCGUUAGAAUUGAAGCCAAUACGAGUGUAACUACAUCCAUCUACCCAUGGGGACACCGUGGGCCACUUUCGGAGCAGAGGACAUGCUACAGACACACAGCUAGUUCCUCCAGCGAACACUGAGAGAAAAGAAAACACAGGAUGUAUGCUAUACAGGAAAAGAUCAUGUCAACCAAAUGUAAUCUUGGACCCUUUCGAUUUUAAACAACCUAUACAAAAGACAGUUUUGAGAUUGUAAAAUGAUCCAGACUAAUUAUAUGAUAAUUACAUUUCUUAGUGGAUUUGUUAAUAGUACAAAGAACUUGUCUGUUAACAAGUCAACUUUUAAAUAUUUACGACCGUAACACUAUAAUGCCUGAGAUUCACUUUAAAAUUUCCCACCAAAGAAACAAAAAACAAAGGCAUAAGUGUAACAACAAAGGUAAAAUAUUAUUUGUUAGAACCAUAUAAUGUUAUACAAUCUCAUCACUCUCAUCUGUAUUUGAAGUUGAAGAGUUAUAAGAAUUAAUAUUGAAUGAAAAUAUUUUCUCUUAUACUAAAAUGUUAACGUGCCAAAGAGCCUCACGUUAUGGUGAACGUUCAGGUAGGGACUGGAUGUUGUGAGUCUGUCUAGCAAGUCUGCAGAUGGUGACUUGGGAAAGCCGACAUUCAGGUUUCUCAUGUCGCAUGUAGAUAUGUGCACAGCGUGUACUUGUAAACAGGAUGAAUAUAUUUGCUAGACAUUUAUGUUAAGUCCACAUGUCUUUAUGUAUGUGUGCAUUUGUUAUGUAUGGAUAUUUAAUAGAAAUGAUGUCUUUGGUCUGAGGUAAGAUUUCCUAGGUCUAUUUCUAGAGAAGCAACUAGGUAAAAAUGUUUGUUGUUUUUUUUUUUUUUUUUUUUUCAAAACUGUGCCUGGAAUCAGCAAGUGAGUGCUACUUUGCCCCACUGUUGCUGUGAUUAAAAAGAUACUUUUAUCUCCUGGUUUUUGGAGACUGAGACCAUAUAUCCUCAGAAGUAAAUGAAAGACGCUUGGGGCUGGAGAGAUGGCUCAGAGGUUAAGAUCACUGGCCGCUCUUCCAAAGGUCCUGAGUUCAAUUCCCAA